AUGUACUUGAGUGGCAAUCCAGCCAGUACCUUUGAGGAAACCGAGAAGCAGGAGAUCGAGCUAUCGUCCGCGCCCGAUCCCGCGAUUGUGAAGCGCAUCAAGCUCAAAGCCGAUUUCAUUUUGCUGCCGUUAUUGACGCUUGCAUACCUCUUCAACAGCGUCUCAAACGCGCAUACUGCGGGGCUUGAAGAGGAUCUUGGUCUUGUUGGCAAUCAGUUCAACCAAAUUUUGACUUUUUAUCAAAUCCCGUUCAUCGUACUCGGACCGGCGGUCACUCUGUUGACGAAAUGGCUUGGCGCGCGUUGGACAAUUCCAGGGAUGCUGCUUGUCUUCGGAUGUGCUUCCUUGGCUAGCGGCUUCUCCAAGAACUUCAGGGACAUUGUCAUCUGUCGUGUCUUUGUCGGGGCAUUCGAGUCAGGAUUCCUAGCGUCGGUCAUCUACUACCUCUCCAUCUGGUACACCAGGGCAGAGCUUGCCACUCGUAUCGGAAUCUUCUACGCAGCGCUUGUCUCGUCCUCUGCCUUUGGUGGUCUCCUUGCCUAUGCCGUUUUCCAUAUCAAAAGCGGCGCCUACCCGAGCUGGGCAUACCUCUUCUUUCUCGAAGGUGGCUUAACUGUCGUCUGGUCAUUCGUGCUGUUUGCCUUGCUGCCAUUUGGUGUGAACUCCGCCUGGUUCCUCAACGAGGAAGAGAAGGUUGCUGCGUGCGUUCGGCUUCAACAGGACUCCGUCUCUACGCUCGAAGAAGGUUUCAGCUGGCGAGAGGCUCUUGGGGAGUUUCGCACAGUUCACGGAUAUAUACGUGUGCUUCUGGGAUUCACGUCUGGCGUUAUAACAACGUCAAACGCAAAUUUCCUGGCCAUAAUCGUCAAAAGGCUCCAAUUUAGCGUCAUCAAGACCAAUCUGGUAUGUAUCUGA